AUGGACUCAAAACGUGUGCGAUAUGACCAGCUUCCACUUGAAGAAGAUUCCGUCCCACCAGAGAAACCAAAGACCACCUCCAUUGCCCGAAAACUUGUCCACGGACUACUAUGUUCAGCACUCGUCUCCUCCAUUAUCAUCGGUACAAUCUGGGUAUGGACCCAUAGACAUCCAAACCUACCUCAGCACAUCGACUGCGGUACCACAACCGAAGAAGCCCUCUCAAAAGGCUGUAUCAUGGAACCCAUGAUAUAUGGCUGGGUUCCCCCAGAAUGUUAUUUCGACGACCUCAGCAAACAAUACUCUCCCUUCGAAGACCGAGAAUGGUACACCGAUGAUAGCUAUUCGAUCCGCAUACCACCUUCAGAUCUCUGGGCUGGAAAGAGAAAACAUGUUUUUACACACAAAUAUCACUCGACACAUUGUUUUUUCCUGUGGAGGAAAUUGGCGUUGGGUGUUGCGAGGAGGGCGGCUUAUUUGGAUGAUAAGUCGUUGGAGUUGGAGCAUGCGGAUCAUUGUUCGGAGAUUCUGGAUCAUUAUGGAGGGGAGACGCUUAAUUCGACGAAUGAUGUUGUGUUGGGGUUCCAUAGAUGUGAGAGAUUGGCUUGGGUGUAG